AUGGCCCCGGAACAUGAAAUCGCCACCGUAGCGGUGCGCAAUGAACGAGACGAUGAUAUCAAGACUGUUCGUUCGACUGAACAACCGAUCGAUUACGAGAAUAAGAAGGAUGCGACAUAUCCUCCCGAGAAUACUAGUCGGGCUAACCCCUCUGGCUCGCGCAUCGGCUCCCUGCUGAGAGCAUUCGAGCAGCAGCUUGUCGAGUAUAACCUGGAGGCGCGAGGAAUUGAGCGAGUUGCUCCUGAUGAGCGCAUGAAGCGCUUGUCGUGGGUAUCCUACCUGCAGACAUUGCUGCUGUGGGUGUCGAUCAACCUGGCUGCGAACAAUAUUACCCUGGGUAUGCUGGGCCCGGCUGUGUAUGGACUGAGCUUCAAAGACUCGGCGCUAUGUGCGGUUUUCGGUGCAAUCGCCGGCUCGCUGGUUUCCUCCUGGGUGGCUACUUGGGGCCCUGUGUCGGGUAUCCGGACUAUGGCGUUUGGCCGGUACUCGAUGGGUUGGUGGCCGAGCAAAAUUAUUGUUCUGCUGAACUUGAUCCAAAUGAUCGGAUACUGCCUGAUUGACUGUGUCGUGGGAGGGCAGAUUUUGUCUGCUGUCUCGCCGGGAGGCUUGUCGGUUGCUGUGGGUAUUGUCAUUAUUGCAAUCAUCAGUUGGGUUGUUGCUACAUUUGGCAUUCAGGUCUUCCACUACUAUGAACGAUUUGCGUUCUUGCCUCAGCUCAUUGUUGUUUGCAUUCUCUUCGGCGUCUCAUCUGCCAAGUUCGAUCUGUCUACAGUGUCUCAAGGCGAUGCCCGAACGGUAGCCGGUAACAGGCUAUCAUUCUUUUCCAUCUGCCUCAGUGCAGCAAUCACCUACGCCCCUCUAGCCGCAGACUUCUUCGUCUACUACCCCGAGCACACCUCCCGCCUCACAAUCUUCUCCCUGACCCUAACCGGCCUUGUCUUCUCAUUCACCAUGGCACUAGUCUGCGGCAUCGGUCUCGCCUCCGGAAUCAGCACCUACCCUGAAUACGCCGCGGCUUAUGAUCUCGGCCAAGGCGCCCUAAUCGUAGAAGGCCUGGGACCCCUCCACGGCUUCGGCAAAUUCUGCUCCGUGAUCAUCGCCCUAGGACUCAUCGCCAACACCGUCGCCCCAACCUACUCCGCGGGCGUCGACUUCCAAAUCCUCGGCCGGUACGCCGAAAAAGUGCCCCGCGUGAUCUGGAACACUGUCGGUGUGAUCAUCUUCACCGUCUGCGCAUUGGCUGGUCGCAGCAAUCUCUCGGAGAUUUUCACCAAUUUCCUCGCUCUCAUGGGUUACUGGGUUGCCAUCUGGUUUGCCAUUCUAAUCGAGGAGUUUAUCUUCCGCUGGCGCACGGGAUAUAACUGGGCUGCGUGGCGCGAUCCGUCAAAGUUGCCCAUCGGUAUUGCAGCCUUUACCGCUUUCGUCAUUGGCUGGGUCGGUGCUAUCCUGUGCAUGGCGCAGGUGUGGUAUAUCGGCCCCUUGGCGAAACUCGUCGGCGAGUACGGCGCCGAUAUGGGUAAUUAUGUCGGUUUCUCGUGGGCUGCGCUUGUGUACCCGCCUCUCCGGCUGCUGGAGCUACACUUUGUUGGACGCUAG